AUGCACUUGAAUCAUUUCAAUGAUCUAGAUUCUGCUCAUGGUAAGUUGAGUUUCUUACUUGGUAGGCGUUUCUACGAUGAACAACAUCCUCUUUGCUAUACUGAGUAUGAUGAAAAUUUAAACUGUUUUACUAGAACAACAAGGAUCAAUUUAAGACCUCCGUUUGAUAAUUUGCACUUUCUUGGUUCAUGUAACGGCGUACUCUGUUUCUUAGCAUACCUUGAUAUUUGUUCUAUGCAACCUGCUUAUAUUUGUAAUUUCAUCACAAGGGAGUACACUAUCCUUCCAAAAUAUGAAGGAUAUGGUUUUUUAAAUGGAUUUGGUUACAUUCCUUCAACCAAUGAGUACAAAAUUGUUAGAAUCUGUAAAGACGAGGGAGAUCCAAAUUAUGGAAUUGUUCAGGUAUACACUCUUGGCAGUGUAAUUGUAUGUAGAAAUGGUAAAAAGAUGGACUAUGAUGAUUUGAUGUCUUUUGAUCAACCUGGUGAGUUUGCGAAUGGAGCUAUUCAUUGGGUGAACUACAAAGAAACUAUUGUUGCCUUUGAUUUGAUUGAUGAAGAUUUUCGACAACUUCCAUCACCACCCUGUAAUAUGCAGCUUUUUGUUAUGCUACAUGUUGUAAGCGGUUUUUUAUGUGCAUGCUAUCGUCAUUCUGAAGGUUCAGACAUAUGGGUUUUAAAGAAGAAUGAAAGUAAUCAUGAUGUGAUUUGGAGUAAAGAGUUUAGUAAUAUUAAUGGAAAACCAAUCAUCUUUACAAAUACUGGUGGGCUGUUAUGCUUCGUUUAUAGGGAUAGAAAAGUCUAUCUAUAUGCUUCUAAAGCUUCAUCUUCCAAAAUACUUGUGAAUGAAGAACAAAACUUUGAAAUUGGAGUUCCUCACAAGAAUACCUUAGUGUCAUUGAAAGCGUUGGGAGAAACUGAUACAAAACUAAUGGAUACAGCCGAAAUAGAAAGUUAUAGCGAGGAGACAGAAAACAAUGAUCAUUAG